AAAAAAAAAAAGAGCACAAAAUUGCUCAAGCUUCUAUACCAGGUGGCAGGUUUAGGUGUAAAGUCUUUUGAUAUGUUAAAACUUCCUCAAAAACUUGCUUUCGUGUAGAAAAGUUCCUGAUAACAUCGGAAAGGAGUAGUUGGAGUUCAUUCUUAAGAUUUGAUUGAAUGGCUAUGCUUACUGAAAUCGCCACCCUUGAGGAGAAGUACGUUGAAUUAUGCAAGAAGCAUGGAAUCCUACCCAACACUUCUAUUUUAUCUACCUUCCUUGAGGCGGAGGAUAGAAAGUCAAGAAAUCAAAGAUGCAUCAUGAAUCUUUUAGUGGACAGAGUGAAUUACGAUGACUUUCACCCGCUUCUCGAGUUAUGCAAUGAGAUCAACACAUCCGAUUUAAUAGAAGGAAUCGAUCUCUUUGUGAGAUCCUCUUGUUCUUUGGAAGAUCAUUAUGCAUUGUCCUUAAUCCGUUCUGUCAGUCAAAAACUGCGACUUGUUCAUCUUCAUGAUUCUUUCGGAAAAACCUUCUGGCUGGACGUUUUCUUUAGAGGUUUGAGCUGCCAAGUAUUGAAUGUGAGGUCGUUGCAUUUAAAUAAGCUUAACAUCGUAGGAGAGUUCGCACAGCUGCACACCCUUAUACUCGAUAACAACCGUAUACAUGGUUUUGGGGAAGACUGUUUUUCUUGCAUGCCCAAAUUGACAUAUCUUUCGAUUUGCGACAGUCUAGUGUCGGAUCUUUGGACAACAAGUGCUGCUCUCUUGAAACUCCCUUCUCUUAAGGAGCUCCGGUUCCAAAUUUGGAUUUGUUGUAGUGAUUCGCAGUCAUCUUCAAACUCGUCCAUUGGAGCAGAUUUUUCAGAGGUUUUCGAACAGUUGGAUCCUGAUGAAGAGACUUUUCAUGGCAUGGAUUUCUCGUAUAAAAUUCCUGAGCAAGAUGAUAUGGAUUCACGUAUCUCCGUGUCUACAGAUCUGAAUGGAGAAGUAUUUUUGAGGGAAAAGGUUAGGAAAGGGAAAAUGCCGUGCAAAACCUAUGAUGGUUCAUUCGAAACACAACUUGGUAAUGUUGGGUUGAAAUAUAUAUCGUCUCACGCAUCACCGAUAUGUUUCAAAAAGCAUUAUAGGAUGUACAUGAUAAACUCUUUACCCAAAUUAAAAGUCCUGGACAAUUUGGCAAUCAGAAAGAGUGAUAGAGAUAGGGCCAUUGAGACAUACUCCGCAAACUUUGAGUACUUACCGUACAGGAGAAAGAACAAGGAAAGUGUAGUUAGAGUCCUGGAGAAGCGUGAAACGAGAUCAAGCAAAUGGAAAUCUCAGAAUUCAUAUAUAAGGUCUCUUUGUGCGGCUAGGAUGGGAUCUUCUUCUUGGCCUCUCUUGCAUUCGCUUCCUUUUAGUAGGAUUCACCGGGAAGAUGAAAACAGGAGAUUAUGUCCAAGGCAGUUUGAAUAUCAUCCGUUGGAUCCUAGCCUAAUGGUAUUUGGAACUUUGGAUGGUGAGGUGGUUGUUCUCAAUCACGAAAGCGGGAAAAUUGUACGCUACAUCCCAUCUCAUGGAGCUCAAAGUAGUAUCUUGGGACUUUGUUGGCUCAAGAUGUAUCCAUCUAUGGUUAUAGCUGGCUCAGCCAGCGGCUCACUGAAGUUGUACGACAUCCAAAAAGCGUCAUCCACAGUUACUAGUAGUAGCAGUCACACAACUUCUGGUUCUGUUACUUUUGAUGACUUUGACCAGUUAACCUCGGUUCAUGUUAAUUCGACGGACAAACUAUUUCUUGCAAGCGGAUACUCAAAGGACGUGGCUUUGUAUGACAUUGGUAGCGGAACACGCCUACAAGUUUUCGCUAACAUGCAUCAAGAGCACAUUAACGUGGUGAAAUUCUCCAACCACUCCCCGUCUCUUUUCGCGACUUCUUCUUUUGACAGAGAUGUUAAGCUAUGGGAUUUGAGACAAGAGCCAUCUCAACCAUGCUACACUGCCUCUAGUACCAAAGGAAACGUGAUGGUUUGCUUCUCUCCAGAUGAUCGUUAUCUUCUAACAUCAGCCGUGGACAAUGAGGUGCGGCAGCUUUUGACAGUUGAUGGAAGGCUUCAUCUGAAUUUUGAGAUAGUCCCAACAGGAAGCUCUAUGAACUAUACUCGAUCGUAUUACAUGAAUGGUAAUGACUACAUCAUCAGUGGAAGCUGCGAUGAGAGUAUGGUCCGUGUUUGUUGUGCUCAAACGGGAAGACGCCUCAGGGAUGUAUCUCUAGAGGGAAACGGUUCAGACUUCUCCAUGAUGUUUGUUCAGUCUCUACGCGGUGACCCCUUCAGGGAUUUUAACAUGAGUGUUUUGGCUGCGUACACGCGACCGAGCUCAGUGUCUGAGAUAGUCAAGGUGAAUUUGUUAGCAUCAAGAGAUUCUAUAGAAGAACAAUCUCAUGGUCUUCGUUGUUAUCCCUCAAAUAGCAUGGGAGGCUAAAAGACAAAAAAAAAAAAAAAGGAGAGGCUUUGUUGUUGCUUAUCAAAAAGCUUGGAAACUGUAUGAUUUUUGUAGAGAGGCAUGUUUGAAGUAUUACUAUCCUAAAGAGAUGUGUACUUGUGUAGUGUAGGAUAAUAAUAAUCGACAAGGAGAU